AUGUUAAGCUCUAAGUCAGGGAUCACCCAGCAGCCCGUCAUGGAGCUGCUGUAUGUAACACCUUUCCGCGACUCUGCUCCACCAUCCGGCAUCGGCGCAUUGAAUACUAAGAAUGAAAGGUUCAGAUUAUGGCCCAAUCAAGGAGCUCAUCGCCCCUCCAAGGUCCUGCAAAUGCUCGCGGCAGUUAUAGCUUUGGUCUUGGCAGUGCACUGGUGUAUUCUCCAGAGAAACAACCUUGCCAGCACAAAUGUACUAAUUCGCAGACUGGCGAGUGGUGAAAAGGGGGAUAAUCAAGAGGAAAGGGCAGGUAGGGCUGGCGUAGACGCUUGCGAGAGCCUCUACACUGCAACGGGCUCACAGGAGCUUGGUACUUCUGAGACCUCACCCGCGGCUCAACAAGUGUUAAGGAGAAUGCUCAAUGAAGAGUCAGCAGGAAAAAGAGAGGAACACAGCCCAGAUGCCAAUGUGGCUCGAGACAGCACAACAGUUCACAGCAUGGCAGCGAGAGCUCUUGAAUCGGCAAUGGACUCUAUGGAGGGUUUAAACGCGACAACGCAUCCGCCAAGAGACACAAUUACGGCCUCAUCCUCCCCCCGCAGUGAGAAGGCCGCUGAUAGAAACCGACAAAACUCCGGGUCGUUCGCGACGGCCAGCAACAUUGCAGUGACUAAACAGAAGUCUGAUGACAAUUUGGACCUUUCUAACAAGCAUUGUAUCAAAAAACAAGCUCUAAUCAGCACAUUACGCGGAAAUCUUAGAUGUUCUUCACAAUCUCGUAAGCGUUCAGCGACUGCAGCCAGUACUUUCACUUCGGCAGUGCAAAGUCCAACCCGUCCAUUUCCCAUUGAACCCACAGACAAUGAUAUAUAUAGCGCACCGAUCCCGCUACAACGAAGAUGCCUCGAAGUUGCAAAUACUGUAUCUGCGCAAAUCGGCGGGGAAAAUUAUGGAGGUGUCUCACAGUUGCACGAUGAACACCAGGGUACCUCGGCAAAUCAAGCCCUGUCCGUUUCACGUGAAAGCAUGUUGAAGCCUUUAGCGCCUUCUACUUGUACGAAAAGGGCAGAACGUCCUUUGAGUAAGCAGCGCUCUAAAGCCAAGCAAGCUAGGCUCCUACCCAAGGUGAGUGCGAACAAAUUUCACCACUGCGGCCUUGUUUCUGCAACACUUGAGCGUUUCAGAAGCAUGCAGCGCUGCGUCUCCAGGCUGUGUACACUGCUUUUAUCAUUGCGUUCUAUCGUGUUGUUUUUAGUGUUUCUCUCCCUUGCCCAAGGACGCACUGGCAUUUCGUUCAUUCCUUUUUCAGAACAGAGCAUGCUUCUGCUAUUCUGCUUGAAGAAUGGCUGUUCUUUGCCUUUCUGUCGUCCGUGUCAGCCCACCCCACCACUCACUGGCACCACUCUGCGAGAAACCACGAGUGCCCUGGAACAGCAAGAGCCUGAUUACGAGAAGCAUCCGUUCUACCGGCUGCCACCUGCCGGUCCAACGAUGGGAAUCGAGCCAUUUGAUACAGAUUUCGCUCUAACAAUUGCAGCACCAGCCGCUGGGGCUGCUGCGAAGCUUGACCCUAUUCGACAGAUAUUUCUAAAACCGCAGAUCUCUGCACAGGAUAUGCAACAACUUGUACGUCUUGGUGAACAGCUUGUGGCGUAUGCUCAGAAGUACUUGGCGAAAGAAAUCUCAUUGAAAUCAAAUUGGCGACUCUCGGAAUCAAUGGCUCGUCGCUUCCUUGUGGCAGAUGCAUUGUGGUGUAUUUGUAACAUUGUAGGCCCUGCAAUGCAGAGGGGGCAAUGGUGGGAUCAAAUAUUAGGGAAGAUUGGAGGUCAUGAAGCUUUAGUGGAUCACGUAAAUUCGCUGAGUAGCCCUAAUGGGCCUACGUUUUUAGCUCGAAUUGUUGCUGCUUUGGAACAAUACAAGAGAGGCGACCGGCCAGCUCCGAGAGAGGUUGUAGAGUUGAAAAUGCGAAUACUUCGUCAACCGUGCGUCACCGAAGAGUUCAGAAGACCUCAGUGGGACCCCUGGAGAAAUGACGACAAACAUUUCAGAGGCAUUUCUUGA